AUGCCUGGCGCAGAGCUGUACAAGCCAACGAAUUCCGAACUGAAUCUCGUUGACCUCGCAAAUGCCUGGUGCUACGGCGGCUUGGCUGCGCGGAGUGCUGUGCUCUUUGCUUCUAUUAUUGUCGCCAAUACGAUCUCCAGACUCAUCGAGAGAGCAAAAUUUGACAUCGACGAGCAUCGGAUUCUUCGUCAAGUCCAAGCUACUAGGGCUUAUCUUUCGAAUAUAGAACGUGACUCACCAGAACGUCGUCCGUCACAUCCAUACGAUGUCGAGAGUGAGCUGCAAGUCCUUCCACCCGUGGCUCGAUCCUGGUCGUCGAUGUCUCGGGAUUCAACACUUUGCGAUUAUAGAUAA